UUUAACUUUGUCAAAAAAAACAUGCUUGUAUAAUUUUCUUUCAGAUGACCUUAUUUUCCAAUGAACUUUGCUCCAUUAACUCAAUAUAUAGUGGCUCUAAAUCUUAGUUCCUAGUAUACUUCACACCAUUUAAGUCCCUAAAGAAAAAAACUCUAAUUUUCACCAUGCCUGAAACCUUCUCAAAACUACUACCCUGCACUUUUUUCUUCCUCUUUACUCUUCUCUUCCUCUCAAUCAAUCUUGCCUCUGCAAAAUCUAAUGGCUUCUCGAACGUUUUGUCUCCCAAAGAGCUUGGCCUCGGGCCAGAGAAGCUCAGCCACCUUCACUUCUACUUCCACGACAUAGUGAGCGGACGCAAUCCCACAGCUAUCCGAGUCGCCAGCGCCGCCAUGACCAACAAAUCCGAGACCUUCUUCGGUGCUGUCGUGAUGAUUGAUGACCCUUUGACGGAGGCACCCGAGCGGAACUCCAAGCUAUUGGGAAAAGCGCAAGGGAUUUACGCAUCCGCAGCUCAAGACGAAAUUGGUUUAUUAAUGGUGAUGAACUUGGCCUUCAUGGAAGGCAAAUAUAACGGCAGUUCCCUUAGUCUUUUGGGGCGUAACUGCGUGUUUACGACGGUGAGGGAGAUGCCUAUCGUCGGCGGUAGCGGCCUUUUCCGGUUUGCACGCGGAUAUGCUCAGGCGAAGACUCAUACAUUGGAUCUUAAAACUGGGGACGCUGUGGUGGAGUACAACGUCUAUGUCUUCCAUUAUUGACGAUCGGUGAUUAAGAAUCGCAACGGCUUUAGAUUUUAUGGCCUAUUUUGAUAUUUUCCCUUCAUUUGGUCCUCUCUUUUGUAUUCUUCUGGGUAAAUUUCAUCUUUUGGCUUUGAUUUAUCUGAUUUGAACCACCUUUAUGUU